AUGAUUAUUGCACUGGUGUUUGCUUAUACCUUAUCCACUCUCGCGGUUGUUCUGAGGAUCUUGGCGAGGAAGGUUACGGGAAGCAGGUUGUUCAUGGACGACUACUUGAUUAUGGUUGCUCUGUUCUUGAAAUAUGCAUGCUCCAGUGGAGUCGUUGUUCUCCUAUUCAAUGGAAUGGGCUCACACAUCACAAUGAUCCCAGCGAAAAAUCUCCUGGUUUACUUGCAACUUGGAUUCGCCAACAACUUUAUCUAUACCGGUUGUAUUGCCUUCAUUAAAUUCUCCAUUCUGGCGCUGUAUAAGCGACUCUUUGCAGUCCGACACAUGACAAUUGCAGUGAAUGUCAUGUUUGGAUUCAUCUGCCUCUGGGUUGUGGGUGUUUACGUCGCCGGUGCUCUUAUUUGCAUUCCCACCGAGAAGUUCUGGAACCCGUCCGUUGAAGGAGCCUGUCUUGACUCCGCCAAAUUCUACUAUGGCCUUCAGAUCCCCAACAUCCUCUCUGACCUCAUUCUCUUGAUCAUGCCUAUGAGAGUUGUGUGGACAUUGCCGAUUCCCAAGGCCCAGAAAGCGCUUCUUUCUGGAGUCUUCCUCGUUGGUGGCCUAACCUUGAUCUUCGAUUGCUUCCGCCUCAAUGCCAUGAUUACCCUGGUUAAGCAAGGCCCUGAUAUUACCUACAACCAAGUCCCCGUCAUCGUGUGGACUUGUGUCGAAGCAGCAGUUGGAAUCACAGCUGCUUGCCUCCCUAACCUCCGCCCUCUCUUCAAGAUCGGUCAUCGCAACUUCUGGUCUCAGAUUCGUUCCUCCAACAACGUAUCCGAAAGGACUCUUGUCAGCUCGAGCAACAAUGCAGGCACUAUCACUUCCACUCAUAAGAAAAGUGACUCAUUUACGGCUCGGCAAACUUUUGAGAUGCCCCCAUAUGAAGACUACAAGGAUGAGAAGGCAGUGGAAAGAGUCUAG